CAGCCCCAUCAAUAAAUGUUUUUGAGAAUAAGCCAUCCCUUCACUGGAAAAACGUCGAAAGGAUUAACACAUGUCUGCCGACUUACCAUCUUUAUUAUUUAGGUCAAAUUUGUGUUUACCCGCGGUUGUUUCUUAGAUUAGCGCUAUAGUAUUUUGAGCAUGCCGGUUAGCAAUGUGGAAGUACCUUCUCUAAUUAUCUCCGAAACUGAAGCAUUGUAUAAAAACAGCUGGUUGAUUUUCAAAUAUGACGACGUGCUGUGAAAAGUGUAAAUGACUGAAACCGAUUUGAUUUUUUAAUUGUCGUCGGACGAUAAAUUAGACUAGCUUACUUUACUCUGUUUAUCAUUACGAAGAUCUGAGGUGAUGUGAUUGCAAUCUUCGAAUUACUGACCGGUGAAUUUAGAGUUCAGAUGUUCUCACUUUGUUUGCCUUCUAAAACAGGAAACUUGCAAAGACAUAUGAAAAUGUCCAUAAUCUCUAAAUCAGUAAUUUGUUAACUGACUACCUACUUUCUAAUCAUAUAGAAUUUUCUGCCAUCACACCAUGAUAACUUUCUCUGUUGAUGUAUUCAGUAGGUUGAUUCAAAUAAAAGUCUCAUCAUUAGACAUAUGAGAUGGUUUCAAGCAUCCGGUUCUAUCCCAUUGAGUAUUAAGAUAUUUCUUAGAAAUUUAGGACGUGUUAAACCAACUUUAGUCAGAAUAAAGCAACUCUCAAAAUACUUCUGGUAGAAGUGCAUGACAGUCAAAGGAUUCUUUUGAAUUUGGUGGAUGCUUUUGAGCCUUUCUUCUGCGUAAUCUAUUGAGGCGAAUACCAAUCAAGUAUUUUUCCAGUUAAAAUGAUAGUAGUUGUUAAAUUGCAUCAAAGUUCGAUUGCACAAAUUGGUAUGAGUAUUCAGUUCAAGAUAUUUGAGGGCUAGUGAAAGCACGUUACUGUAUUUCCAGAUUUAUAAUUAUGGUGUUUCUAUAGAAGAAUACAAAGGGUGGCAUCAUAAAGUGAUACAACUCUAAAUGUGAAGUGAGAUUGCGUAAUAAUCAGGGGGUGAGAGAAGAAUAGAAAGAUGAGAGUAAUCCACCGGUCAGAAUUAUGAUGCCUGGUGAAAUGGUUGUCUUGUAGCAAUGCUAAAAGCACUAAAGCUCUACACCCGAUUUUGAUGGUCGAAUGAACACUGAUAACAAUAGUGAUAAAACAUAACGAUGAUGGUCAUUGUUAUAUUCAUUUAGUUCUUGUCUAGUAAAAGUCUACCAAAUAUUUUCGUUUGGCUAUGAAUAGUGGUGUAAGCUUUUGUCUGUCUUGCGAAUACGAAUCAAACUCGGAUAAUACGAAGCUCAUUUUAUUUACAGACUUUAUUUACCAAUUAAUUAAUCAAGUGCUUUUAAUGCAAGAGGAUCUUGGUUCAAAGAUUUCCGACAUUCAUGUACUUUCUUUAUUUUUAUAGACAGCCAGUGCGUGAUCCUGUACUGUUUCCCUUGGGAUUAAAAGAAGAAGCAAAAAUGUUACUAGGUUCUGAGGACAUUACAAUACACGCAAAGGAUUUACGGAAGAUAGCUCAUCUAGGCUCCGGAUAUUAUGGAAGAGUAGAAAAAAUGAUCCAUACACCCACGUCACACGUUUUCGCUGUCAAACACAUUUCCGUCCAUCUGAAUUACCUCUCAAGACCCCUUAUUUCUCGAGAAUUGGCUGUUGGGACCCGCUGUAAUCACCGUUCUGUGGUUACUUGUUACUGUGGUCUGUUUUGUGAAGGUGAUGUUCUUAUUGUUAUGGAAUUAAUGGAUACAUCUUUGGACAAAUUAUUAAAAAAAGUUUACAACCGUGGUCGUACUUUUCCUACUGACGUCCUAGCGUACAUUGUAUUGUCGGUUGUUGAGGCUCUUGAGUAUCUACAUCAACUUGAAGUUAUACAUCGUGAUGUAAAACCUUCAAACAUGCUUGCAGAUUGUCAAGGCCGAGUUAAGGUUUGUGAUUUUGGAAUAUCGGCCGAUUUAGAAAAUUCAAUUGCGUUAACCAACAUAGGGACAAGAGCUUAUUUAGCUCCAGAGCGAAUUAAUACGCGAGAGAAUGAAGGAUUUUGUAUUCGUUCAGAUGUAUGGUCACUUGGUCUAAGUGUACUCGAAUUAGCAACUGGAAAACCUUGCUAUCCUCAAUCGCAAAAUGUAUUUCAGCAAUUGGUCCAGGUUGUUCAUGAACCAUCACCACAAUUGCCAGAAUCAAGUUGUUAUCCGAAUUCACUACGUAAAUUCAUUGAUUCAUGUCUUAUGAAGAACAAGGAUGAUAGACCGAAUUAUGUUCAACUAUUGGAGUCAGAAUUCUUAUCAACUGUUGACGCUAAAAGUGGUCAAGAAUCAUUUAGAAUAUUUUUAGCAGAUUAUCUUGAUGAUAAUGAAAAAUGUUAAUAAUUCAUUAUAAUAUUCGUUGUUAUUACUGAUAAUGAUGAUAUAUUAACUUACUUAAAAAGUAAGUACAUGUAUAAAUGUUCUCAAUCACAUCAUAAACAUCAGGUUAUAUGUAAUAGGAAUUACUUUUUCUCUGCCUGCUUACAUUAACAAAAAUUGUUUACCAACCUAUAUGUGAUACAUUCCGGUUUUUUUUUAAUUUCCAAAUUUGAAGAGAUUUUCUUACUCCUUAUUUGUCUAUCAGUGAUGAUUACAAACUAAUCUUUUGAACAGCCUUGUUGUUAUUGCUUUUAUCUUGCCAGCAUAUAUAUAUAUAUAUAUAUAUA